AUGAAUAAAAAGCGAAAAGCUCCCGCUUCUACGAAUGCGGAAAGUGGCAAAAGUAAGUCAAAGCUGUCUCCCUCAAAGGCGAAGCUUCCCUCAAAGGUGACCAAAGCAAAGAAGGCUGCAGCACCAGCGAUCAAAGCCGCUGAAAGUAGCCAGUCAAAGGGCAGCGGUAAAAAGUCCACGCCGGCAAAACCAGUCAGCAGAUCACCUCAAAGUAUCAGUCCAGCUGCUGCAGUACCUUUGCAACCGGUGAAAAGUGCCGCCAAAAGCGCAGUCACACCUGUGAAAAAGUCCCCUUUAAAGAAAAAGAGUGCGUCACCAGCAAAAAAGAGCAGUGCAAGUGGAAAUGACGCCGCAGUGUCCAGUAAAACUCCAGCAAAGAUAGUUAAGAGCAAAAAGACGCCCACUUUCAAGGGUGGACAAAAGCGAGGCAGAAAGCCAAAGUCUCCUUCUGAAAAGUUACCAGCAGCCGAAGUAAAGACAGAAAAGACUUCGGAGGAUGAACCAGCGGCACUACCAGCUGCCACUCCAAAGCGAGGCCGACCUCGUCUUCGACCACUCGACUCGGAUGCCUCAAGCUUGCUGCCCACUUUGCCAGCUACCACCAGCAAAAAGGAGACAAAGAAAUCAGAGUCAAAGAAGGCUGUCGUAAAGAAAGAAGGACCUUUAAAGGUACAGCCUUCAGCUAGUGCCGUUUCUGGACCAUCGACGCCGAGCACUUCAAAAGGUAUCAUGGCCACGUCCCCUUCAAAAUCUGUACCUUCAAAAAAGGUUGUAAAGAGUAAAGCUUCUUCAUCGAAAAAGGUACUGAAAGCGCCUGCAGCAAAGAAAGCAAAGCCAUCACCAAAAGUGCUGCAGAAAAAGGCUGUGAAACCGGUAAAGGCGGAGACUCACUCACCGUCACCAUCGCCCUCUCCUUCAGAGUCUUCUGUAGAAUCAUUUUCUAGUGAAUCUUUCUCAGCUCCGUCUUCGGUUAACAGUCGAAGCACGACGAGCAGUAAUGAGAGUGCUGAUAAGAAAAUGACGCCCAAAAAGAAGGUGGCAACGGUGAAAAAGGGAAAGAAGCUGCCACCGUCAAAAACUAAGCUUCUCAAAGCUUCGUCCAGCAAAAAGAGUCCAGCUGGAGAAAAGGCAAAGGUGACUUCUACAUCUGAUUCAAAGAGCUCGAGCAAUUCAAAAAAGCAAAGUUCUGCUUCUCAAAAGAAAGACUCCGACUCAUUGCGGACUUCAAAAGAGACAGCCCGAGGACGUCCAAAAACAGGCGGUAACAAAAAGAAGCUUAAAGGGGCGAAGAAGCCAAAGAAGAAGCCAGUUUUGCCGAAGAGGGCAGCAAAGAAGCCCCGACAGGCGAGUCUCAAUGCUUCGGCCAUCAAUCGACUGCUGACGGAGAGUAUCAGUUCGGCGACGGCGGCGGCGGCGGCUGCAGCUGCUACGGCGGCGGUGGCAGCAGCCACUGCUUCUACGACAACGCCUGUUCCCUCAACAUCAACGGCCACGCCUGCUGCAGUAGCAUCUACUAGCAAAGUAGUCGAAUCUAAGUCAGAUAAGGAGAAGAAGGAACCCGAGAAAAAGAAAGUCGUAAAGUCGGAAAAGAAAAAGUCGGUGAUAAAACGUGAUCCUGAUGAGCGACCAUCAUCGCCACAGCCAUCUACGUCUUCCGCAAAAACUCCUACUCAAAAAUCAGAGGAGAAGUCGGCUGGGAAGAAGACGGCAAAGAAGGCGACGCUUGCCACAAAGCUGUCAAAACCUCCUGUGUCCACCGCUUCCUCAAGCAAAAAGAAG